CCCUGCAUCCUCGAGUGCCUACAUAUGUAAUCUACACAUCUACAUGGGUACAUACGAAUGUAUCGAUGAUGCACCACCACCCCCGAAGAGAAUGAACAAUGCUUCUUGCCGUCAGACAUACUCUCCGUGUUAGGAUCCCGGUGCUCGAGAAACGAGGCGACUCCAUCCGCCAUGUAAAUGGCGGCCGAGUAGUAGUUACUGCAUGUCACCACCAAUUCGCAAUGGAACCCGUGAACAUGAUACCGCGAAAGAUUCCUGUUUAAUCAUCUACGCGCUUAUCUAACCAAAAGCUGUUGGCUGUCUCGACCUUGACAGUUCCCAUCGUCUCUGAUCCCGCAUGCGACGGCUCUUUGUCUACCUUGGCGAAGCACGAGACAAGCGCCCAUCGUGUCAUGCUCAACUCUCUUCCAACCACCUCCCAGCAAUCUUCUUCCGUCUCUGCGAACAUAGAGAAAGCAAACAAACCGUCGCAUUCUUGGUCUUCUGUGCCCUCGCUAUGCCUUGCCCCCCAACUGUCCGUCGCUUUGAAGCCUCAUCAUCACCCACUACUGACAUGCUGUGCUGUUGACGGCCAUCGCCUACUUUGUCCCAUCAAGGCAAUUCAAUCGUCGGUAGAACAAGGCUACAUUGCGUGCACCUCUGCAACACUAGUCUUGACCGCGCUCACCGGAUUCUGGUAUACCCAUUGAACGUGCUUGCUGUACUUUCUUCCAACGUACAAACCUCACCAACUCUCAGCCAUCUCACCCUUAGCUCUAGUACAGCCGAGCCGAGCCACGCUCGCCUUAGCCUUGGACUCGUAAUCCAUUUGCUACGCUGACAUGUCGGAAACCUGAACCGUCCACCUGACUAUGUAUUGUUUGCGAAUCGUUCAUCUUGACACUGUACCGCCUUGCACCUUGUGCUAUAGAGGAGACCAAUAUUUUGCCUUCUUCGCCUAUUCAACCAAUGGCAUGCCCUUCUGUGCCUCCCGGUCAGUCUGCACUAUGAUGUGCCAUGAACCCAACAACAUGAACUUACAGACCGCUCCUAUCCACCAUCUCGCCAUCAACACACUUCUCCACCAAGACUCUUUCUCGCCAUCUUCCAAGCACGUUUGACUGUCACAUAAAAACUUACCUUUUCUCCCGCUUGGGAAUAAGACUUCAUGUCGGCACUCACUGCGAUCCUUCCUUUCGUUUCUCGAUGCUCAGCCAUCACACAUGGCUUGUAUCGGCUUGCUACCCAGACCAAGGCCGCCAGUAACAUACUAAAAACUGCAAAGUCAAUCAACAGUUUAGCACUCGUUGUGAAGCAGCUUGGUACCGUUAUAAAGGAAGAUGACCGAAUACCAUCUGCUGAAGCUCUUGAGACGCUGGAAGAUGUGCUUGAUCAGUGUACUACCUUGUUGAGCGAAGUAGAGCGCCUGUUUCCUCAUCUUGCUGAUACUGAGGGGUAUGGCACGAAACAUGGUGAUAACACAUCAAGGUUGCCACUUGAUGCUGCUGUGGUGGCAAGGCUGCACUAUCUCUUGAGCCACCUAGCUUCCCUGCGAGCAACCUUGGCUGUCAUGCUGCAGACCUUGAACACAGCUCAAAGUGUUAUGUGGGCGAGAGAGCGUCCGACCGUAUCGCCGACCGAAUGUGCUCGCGCAGUCGCGAACGAGAAGCAACAGUUAGAAGCACUCGUCAUCGAACAACAAAUGACUAUUUUGCUUGCAUCAAAACUCAACGAAAUGUCGAGAUCAGACGCAAAACUGUUGAUGGACCGUGACAGUUCGCAAAGUCUCGCCGCUGUGGAUCAUGAUCUGCUGCAGCCAGCCAGCCUUUUCAAGUAUCAAGAUAAGUUCCUGGCAACUCUCGAUAUCCAUGAUUCAAGUGAAGAGCAAUGGUUACCUGCAGUUUGCAGUGUAUCCAGGUCACAGCUAGAGCGCCUGUUGGAUCGAUGGACUCGCUUGCGCCGGUUCGAGGAAAUUCUACAACAUGAAGAACAGAAGGCUCGAGCGCAGAAGAGAGAAACUCAGCAACCGUCUGUAGAGUCAGACAGUGAGGACGACGAUAUGUCUACUGGUCCUACGCCAGUCCCUCAGCGCCCAGACACUGUCCAACCGCUUUUUGCCGAGACACAGACACUUCCUAUACCGAUCAGGAAUGGGAAUAGGCCCGCUUCACCCAUGACGCCCUCAUCUUCGUACGGUGGCUCGGUCAGCUCAGCGGGGAAUUAUCUUCCGAUACCAGUUGACUCUAGAUAUACUGAAACUGCCCCGCGCUCCUCUGCUAGUACGCUUCCAGUAGAAGCAGCAGCAGCAGUUGAGGCAAAAGACAAGGAUGACGAUGUCGACCUCGGAAUCCCAUGGACAUUAAAUACCAGGCGUCAUUACUGGAAGUACAUCGACAACAAGAUGCACGACUCCAAUACCGACGCAGCACCAUCAGAGGCCCUAUCUGACCGAAAUUGCUGGGUGGAGAUUUUGGCAUCAUGGGUAUGCAAGGAAGCCAUUCGAGAAGCUGGGUACAAGUUCACACGCAUGCAAAAGGAGGUCCGAGAUGGUAGACGCACGAGAUUUGAGACAUGCUUUUGCAUCGAACAUCCGCUCACGUUUCGUCAAGUAGAGGAGCUUGUGGAAAGGACAGUCGAUAUCUACAGAAAGACACAAGGACCCUCGCCGCCUCCUAAUCCUCCAUCUCAUGCGAAUCCGCGACGCUCUUCAUUCGAGCGCGGUUCCCGUCCAACCGUCUCACCACAAGUUUCUUUCGAUCGCAACCGCACUCCUAAGCCGAACAAGUACCAACAACCCCAGAAACCGCAUACUUCUUAUCCCCCGCCUCCUCCACUCGAUCGCUCGAUUUCCAUGCCCAGUCCUGCACCACGGUACCCCGAGAACCCUAGGUCGUCGAAUCUGUAUCUUCCUUUGCCAAACGGCGCGGCACCAAUUUCCAUUCCUCCUCCUCAACCCCCACUACAACCACAACCAGUGGCAGGGCAGAUCCCACAACCACACAUAUACAACACUCACCUGCAACAGCAGCAGCAGCAGCAAAAUUCCAUAUACAGCUCCCCACACACUCUCUAUCCACCAACGCUCCCCCACCGCCCAAUGACAGCCAACCUGCAACCGUUAGAUACCCACGCUCCAUUCCAAUCCGAGCACCCGCCCCACCCUUCAUCAGCCCAACACUCCCCCUACCGACAAGCCUUCCCACCGCAAGAUCCGUCUCGGUACACGCAGAACCGAAGGUACGAGUACUACUCGUCCAUGUCGUCGGACUCGGACAGCGCAGCAGGGCGAUCGAAGAGCAGUAGAAGGAGAAGCAAGAGUCGGAGGAGAGUGGAGGAUAACGGGAUGAGGAGUGGUAGGAGUAGGAGGAAAGAGGGGCAUAGCGGGGCUACCAAGGCCAUGAUGGGGGUUGCGGGGUUGACGGCGCUUUUGGAUGGGCUCGUGGGGAUUUGA